CUGCCCUUCCACACGGCAGGGUGCGGGCUCCUUCUCAGCGGAGGGGGCUGCCUGUGGAAUUCAAGUUCUCAUCUGAGGGAUGGGGGCUGACCUGGGAAAAAGGCCAGGGAUAGGUCAGCCCGUUUCACAGCACCUGCUUUCUGGGAGCCAGCAGGUCGGAGCCCCUCCGGUCCUUAAAUCCCGGCCACUUAUCCCGGGGGAGGAGCUCAGCAGACCGACAUCCCCCGGUUCGCAGGCUGCGCUGCGGCUGCUUCCGGGGAGGGGCCCAGCUGUUGUGCGCUACACCGCGGUUUGGCAAGGGUGUGUUCCCUUCCCUAGAUGGCAAACUUCAUGUGGCGGGGACUCUGCCGCCAUUGUUCACAGCAUGCCGCCGGGGCGGACCAUGGAGGUCACAGUACCUACCACACUCAACGUCCUCAAUGGCUCUGAUGCCCGUCUGCCCUGUACAUUCAACUCCUGCUACACAGUGAACCACAAACAGUUCUCCCUGAACUGGACCUACCAGGAGUGUAGUAACUGCUCUGAGGAGAUGUUCCUCCAGUUCCGCAUGAAGAUCAUCAACCUGAAGCUGGAGCGGUUCCGAGACCGCGUGGAGUUCUCAGGGAACCCCAGCAAGUAUGACGUGUCGGUCACACUGAGAAACGUGCAGCUCGAGGAUGCGGGCACCUACAACUGUUACAUCAUGAACCCGCCCGACCGCCACCGCGGCCACGGAAAGAUCUACCUGCAGGUCCUCAUGGAAGAGCCCCCUGAGCGGGACUCCACAGUGGCCGUGAUCGUGGGCGCCUCCGUGGGCGGCUUCCUGGCGGUGGUCAUCUUGGUGCUGAUGGUAGUAAAGUGUGUGAGGAGGAAAAAAGAGCAGAAACUGAGCACGGAUGACCUGAAGACGGAGGAGGAGGGCAAGACAGACGGAGAGGGCAACGCGGAGGACGGCCCCAAGUAACAUGGCCCCGCGGCCCCUCCCUCGCGUCCUGUCUUCCUCCCACCCUCCACCCUGCACACUGUGCCCCCGCCUGCCCUCUCUUGGUGUGCUUCUCUUGAUCCAGGGUCCCAGGGCCCACCUGGGGCCUCCCGAACCCCUCACUUCGUACCCCCUACCCUGCACCAAGAGUGACUCACCUCUCUUUCAUUUGGGAAACCUGCCAUGGCACGUGGGACGUGUGGGCCCUGGGGAGGGAGAAGUGGGCUCAAACUGCCUGUCCCUGAGAGGAGGCAGGAGGCCUGAGCGAGGGUCCCAGAGGGGGGGUGGAUGAGGGGGAGGUCAGCGGCCCAGCCUGCCUCGUUUGUGGACUGGUCUGGUGGGCCUCAGGGAAGAUCUGCGGAUGGCUGAGGGGCUCUCCUGGACUGCCUCAAGAGAGCCUGGGCUGUGGCGUGGCUCUGCUCCCUGAGCUGCUCCAGGCCAGGCAGCCCUGUCAGGCUGGGGACUGCUGAAGGGUUCCUGUCACUUGGGUGGGGGUGGGGCAUGUUGAAGGGAUGACUGCAUUUCCUGGGCACUGAGGGGAAGCCUUGGCCCAAGGACCUGUGCUCUUACCCCCUCUCCUUCGACAGCUGUUACCACAGGAGCCUGGGGGGGGGGGGAGUUCUGUUGGCAGCGCAUCUCUUGGGAUUGGGGCGGGAGGAGCACCACAUGAAGACUCACGGAGCUGGGCUGGGGAUGGGUUGAUUCCUUGCAGGAAGUGGUCAUUUUUCACCAUAGUGAACUACUAAGAGCAGAGAAAUUUCAAAGUUGGCUAAGGUCUGAAGGGGUGGGGGCUCCGUGGUAAAAUGGAGUUGGUUACAGUCUGCCUCCUCCAGCGGGGUGACGGCCCUCAGUGAGAGCGUGGGGCUGGGGAAGGUGGACGCGACUGUGGAGGAGUUGAGGUACAGACUGGGGCCUUCAUCUGGGCCUUCUCUUCAGACUUUCUCCGUGAGCUUCAGCAGGGUUUUUAGCUUUUCCUUUCCAGGGAAGGGGAUGCCCUGAGGGAAACAUCCUGCCGCCAUGUUUCACCCUCCAGGCCCCAGGGCCCCCCCUCUGUGGGGAGGCAAGUAGCAUUUCUGGAAAGCCAACUUUCACUGCCAUUUUACUCACAUGAAGAGGGAAUUAUUUAAGCCUCAAGAGAGGGAGAGAGACAGAGAGAACCUGCUGACGUGCACUCUACCUUGGAAGACCCUCAGAGAUCCAGGCGGCAAGCCAUUCCUUACGGGUGGGGAACCAGGUUCAGACUGGCAAGACUGAGCGUCCGGCCCUUCCCUCCUCUGGUUCCUCAGUCUCCAGUUUGAACCAACAGAGCCAUAGUUUUCCCUGUGGCAAGGGUCUCUGCGGGCUGCUAGACAGGGAAGUGAGGUGAGAGAGCUGGGCUGUCCACUGCCUGAUCCUCUCCCAGGGCGCUGGGGACGGAAGGAUGGAGCGGGCGGGCAGAGCUGCUGGCAAGGCCCCCCCCAAUCCCCAUCCCAGACUGACCUUCUUCAGCAUUUCCCCAGCCUUUCCAGGAGAUCAGACCCUGCCCAGGCUCCUGGAGUCAGUGCCUAGGGCAGGAACCGGUCUGAGGAAAGGGGGUAGAGACAGGAUGUGACAGUCUCAGGGAGCAUUCUCUGCCUCUGCCAGGCAGGUGGCCAAUUUGGGGAGAGAACAAGAGCAUACGGGAGGUUAAGUUUAAGUCACUUCAAUUCGACAUCCAUUUACUGAGCAUCUCCUGUGUGCCGGCCACCGUGCUGGCCGCCGGGGGGGACACACAAAGCCAUAACAGAGUUGGGAACUGUCAGGUCAGCACUGUGGGGACCAAGAUUCUUUUUUUUUUUUUUUUUUUUUUGUGCAUCUAAUUCCACCUCUGCAGCCACUGCUUCCAGGGCUGGAGUUGGAGAAGGAAGAGAGUCCUGACUCUGGGCCCUGGGAAGGGAAGAAAGGAAGGAAAGGGGAGGGGGAGGUGCACAGGGAACAAGGUGACAGGCCAGGCAGAGUGGGUGAAGAGUGGGGGACGGACAGCCUGGGUCACAGCUCCUGGGUGGGGGGAGUCCAGCUCCGUACCUAACUGCCAAUCAACACACUGCCAAUGGGAGUGGGCUAAGCCACCAGGAUGCCUGGGGUGGGCGGGCACAGCCCAUCCUUGGAGCCAACCAGCUCAGAGGGGAGCGAUGGGUGGUAGGCAUCUCAUACCAGCUGAGACCAAGGGUGGUUGGGACACACUUCUGCAGCCUGCAGAUUUCACUUUCCGGCAACCUCUCAAGUGCUCUCCUCUCCCAGGAUGAGUGGGGAUCUGCGCUGAUGCGGAGCACUUUUCUUUUUCCAGGAGGCGUAACAUUUAGGGGAAAUUUUUGCGUGAUUCCCUAGGUUUAUUCUAAGAAGUCCUAACUCUCCACCAAGAAGCGCCAGACUUCUGGGUUCAUUCCUUUCAACACCCUGACCCAGUGGGGCCCCCCGGCUGCCCACCCUCAUGGGCGCUUUCUCUUGCAGCCUCUUAGAAUCUCUUCUGGAGGUCUCCUAGGGCUGCCUCCCCCAGAGCCGUGAGGUUGGGAACAAGAUGGGGCUUCUUUGAGUAGAGGUGGGGAACGAGUGACAUGUUCCCAUAGCAGCCAUUUCUCUACCCUGCUUUCUAGUUUCUGCCAGCAAGCUGCUCCUGUCCCUGCGGGGUGGGGUCCAACCCCACUUCCAGCUGCAUGUUCCCAUCACUGCGCUCUGCUGGGUCCAGUCUGCUGGUUUCCUCCACCACCCCUGCCUCUCCUGUUGUCUUGGAGCUCCCUGUCUAUCUCUUCCUCCUAAUCAAGGGCCACUUGUAAAGAGAUGGGCUGGUCAACCCAUGGGACUUAACUUCUAAGAACAAAGUACAAUUUUUCAGGACUGAAAUGCCUUGAGGUGCCUUGAAACUGGCUUUGAAAAUGACUGCCUGCCCCUUAGCUAUGGACUAAUCACAGUUAUUCCCAAUUUAUAGAAAGGAAAAGCUGAUUGGAUCCAUAUUUUCUCCCCGGAAGUCCCCUUGGGGAAGUCGGGCUGGUAAGUAUUUACAAGGUCAGGUAAAGCAGAUGGACAAUGGGAAAUACUGGCCAGGUCCCAGAAGAUAGUCCCGGGCCAUAAGGAUGGCAUGGUGCGGUUGGAAUGAGUGAUAAAUCAAGAAAUUUCCUUGCAAUUUGUCUUAAGGACAGACUGUGCCUCUUGCUGAUGUCUUCCUCUAUUGAAGUUUGCUGAUGCAUUUGCACAUAGGUAUAUAGGUAUAGAUAUAUUCUAUAUACAAAUAGAAAACAUUGUGUUACAUCCACCCCAAAAGUUAUACUGGGUGAGGUGGGGGAAACCAUCAUUUCUCAAUGUUUUGAGUUGAUUCACCAAAGGCAAAUUACGGAAUGUUCUUACUGCUUUUUGUGCACUUGGAGGAGAAAACCCAACUACUUUUGCACUUUCUAGGUUUAAUGUGCUACAGGGUGGUUGGGGGGGGGGUGGCGGGGAGAAAAAUCCAGUGGUCCUCUGUGGCCCAGCUGCUGUGAGGUGUCUGCUUCUUGGAGCAGACUGCGUUUCUUUUGCAGUUUGCCGUAUUGCUUGGAUCUUUGGCUGCAAUAAACAGAUCAUCUCCCCUGAA